AAGGUGGGUGAAUCCAGUCUGUAAUCAAUGUUUUGCAGGCACAUUUGGUGUGUUGCUUUUGACUUCUCGUGGAGCUGCCCGCGUGCGGUUUGCUGUUAUGAUGGCUUGCUUUGACAGUAACAAGGGGAGUUUGGAGUACGAUGGCAUUGAAGGAGCUAGUGGUGGAGGGCUGUCGGAAUGCGCCUCAGCAAUGCUGGAGAAGGAACGGGAGUCCCUUCCCAGCCCGUCAGACAACCCAACCGCCUCCAUGGGCAGCUCUAGUCUUCAGGCCGCCGCCCCCCUUCAGGGCUAUGAUGUGGAGUUUGACCCUCCGCUGGAAAGCAAGUACGAGUGCCCCAUCUGCCUCAUGGCUUUGAGGAAUGCCAUUCAGACGCGCUGUGGUCAUCGUUUCUGCAAAAGCUGCAUUGAGAAGUCCAUUCGUGAUACAGGACAGCGAUGCCCAGUGGACAACGAAAUGCUGUCGGAAGACCAACUGUUUCCUGAUAAUUUUGCCAAAAGGGAGAUUCUUUCGCUCACUGUUCGCUGUCCAAAUUCCGACUGUGGUGAGAAAAUGGAGCUCCGACAUUUAGAGAAGCAUUUGGCGCAGUGUCAGUUUGCUACUGUGCCAUGCUCACAAUGCCAGCAGCCCGUGAGAAAGAGCUACCUGGAGGAGCACGCCACUGUCGAGUGUCCAAGGAGACCCAUGUCGUGUCCAGACUGUGUGGCCGUCUUUGUUUACGAGGAAAGAGAGAUGCACGAGCAGCAGUGUCCCUUUGCCAGUGUGAUGUGCCAGUACUGUGAGAUGGACCUCAUCAGAGAUCAGAUGGAAUCUCAUUGUGAUACUGAUUGCCCAAAAGCACCGAUUGCUUGCACCUUUAGCAUAUUUGGAUGUAAGGAAAGGAUGCAGCGCCACAACCUGGCUCAGCACAUGCAGGAGUUCACGCAGAUGCACAUGCGCUACAUGGCUGAGUUCCUGCGCGGCCUGGCCCUCAACGGCACUGCGCCCAAACCCCUGCACCUGCAGGGAGGCCCUGUGUCCUGUAGGGAUCAGGGAGCCGCAGCGCCGGCGUCCAACUGCAGUGUGGCCCCCGGGGCCUUGAGCUGCAGUAACAGCUCUGCUUCCUGUCAGCCGAGCGAGGAGAUGCAGAGAAUCCGAGAGAUGGAUGCCCGGCUGGUGAAGCAGGAUCAUCAGCUGCGGGAGCUCAUCAUUCUAAAAGACACACAAGCAGGGCAGCUGGCCGAGCUCAGACGGAGGGUGUCGGUGUUAGAAGAAACGGUGAAGGAGCUGGAGGCCCAGCAGUACCACGGGAUCUUCAUCUGGCGGCUCAAAGCCUUCUCCACUCACUUGCGAAGCCAGGAAGCUGGCAUUCCUGUUGUGGAGCACAGCCCCGGCUUCUACACGGGCCGCCCGGGCUACAAGCUGUGUCUCCGUUUACAUCUGCAGACCCCCACCGCCCCCCGCUGCUCCAACUUCAUCUCCCUUUUUGUCCACACCAUGCAAGGCGUUUUUGACAGCCAACUGACCUGGCCAUUCCAAGGGACCAUCCGGCUCGCCAUACUAGACCAAGGACCCGAGGGUCAGCACCACAUGGAGGUCAUGGAGACCAAGCCAGACCUUCAGGCCUUCCAAAAGCCCAUCAAUCAGCGUAAUCCCAAAGGAUUUGGCUACGUCACCUUCAUGCACCGCUCCCUUCUGAGUCAGAGAGCUUAUGUCAAGGAUGACACGCUUCUUAUUCGUUGUGAGGUGACGCCCCGUUUUGACAGUGGGUUUAACCGUGAGGGACCUGCUGUCCAGCCCAGAGGGCCCGAAGCAUCACUUUCAAGGGACUGAGGUCAAACUUAUUUCUGCCUUGUUACAGUGCAAGUUUCAAAUGCUGCACUGGUCCUUUUUAGGUUUAGAAUCCAUUCAUUUUCAGAAACUGCAUUUCCAUUAUUUAUUUGUUUUCUAUUUCAACCUAGAACAUUAUCCUUGUUUUCCUUUGAAUUAUUGUCAGAACUGGGCAAGAAUUUUAGCUUCUUUGCUUAGUGUUGCUCGAACAACAGUUUCAAUUUUUUCAAGUCUUCAAACCUCUUCAAUGAAGUUUGUUGAUUUGGAAGCCAAAUAUCAAAAAAUGAAAGAUGCCAUAGACUUUUUUUGCACAACUUGGUUUACCAGAGUUCAACUUAACGGAGGAGAAGGAGAUUGUGCCUCGUCCCCAAGCUUCAAAACCAACCGCUAAACCAAUCGCCAUUGGAAUAUCUGAGAAACACAGACAUUGCCCCCUGGUACCCUUUACAUUGCCAAGAAUCUGUAAUAUUGAGAGAUCCAAAGCCUUGCACUUUUGCCAAAGCUGUAUAUCAGUCUAAUGCUGCGUUCACAUCGAACACGAUUCGCUGGUCAACUUCGCUGCUCAACCCUUGUCCAAAAAUGUGUUCACAGACUUGACGCUCCCGCUGCAUGUGGGAGGAGUUAGAAAUGUUCUUAGCUUCAUCGCUACAUGGAGGCACUGACUGUAUCUCAUUUACAGUGCAUGGAAGACACGGAUGAUGUUUCGAAAAAGUGUCAGUAAUCACGUCUCCAUGUCUGGGUUCAUGAGAUCAUUCAGAGACUCUCAGAACGGUGAGGUUCACCAUCUACUGCAGACGCUGCAUGCGAAUGACGGCGCUUUCAGCGGUACUUCUGUCUCUGUGACCCAGUUUGACGACGUGCUGUCCGCAGUAGUCGGAGGAAGGAAGCAAAAAAAAAUAAGAAUAAAAUUAGAGGAUCUUUUUAUUAUUGUCGUGAGGUAAGUUUUGGACUAAGAUAUUGGAUUUGCAUUCCACCCACUAAUCACGCCAUCAACAUGCCACGGGCCAAAGCGGAGUUCCUGAUUGGUUUACACUAACGGAAAUUCAACAACAAAGUUUCAGUACUUUAAUUUAGGACGUGCAGCAUUGUGACGCCCUAAACGCCCUGCUGCCAGACCGCUAGGCCCGACGCUCACACCACACCGCAGGACCUCUGACUGCGUCUGUACAUUGACUUAACAUUGAAACUGGAUUCCCCUGAUGUGUUUGGUGUGAACGCAGCUUUAAGUAUAUUUGUUCAGUUUUUUUAACUUGAUUUAUUCUGGUGGAAUGAGAUUUUUCCACAUAAUUGUUAAGAUUCCUAGACACAGUUUAAUUCAGUUCUUCACUCUGUUAUCAGAGGUGUUAGUUGCCGUGCCUUUGUUUUUAACUGUUACUCAUUUAAAAUGACUGCAUAGAAAACUAAAUCUGUCCGUAAUUCACGGAAUAAUUGCUGUUUGCUGACAUGUUGCCGCAAACUUGGGCUCCAGAAUCCUUCAGGACCCGUGUUUGCUGCUGGUGCCAUGUUGCUUUGGGUGUUUUAACAUCCAACAUUGCUUACAUCAAUGCUCCGCUGACUACCGUCAGUGUGCAUUCCUUCUAGAAUCCAGAUGUUCGAUUGGAUGUGUCUGUGUAGAUUCUUAUUCGGGAAAAAGCAGUCAACUGAAGUUGGUUUAUCUUUUAUUAUAGAGGACUUAUCACCUCUUCUCCAAAAGCCUCAGUUAUGAAAUACAGUGGUAUGGGAGUUGGUUUACAUAGUUCUCGGAAGAUGGCAUUUAUGAGGGGUCGUGCCUUGAAAAGCUAUUUCCUAGCAGCAUAUAAACCAGAAAGUCAUACCACCAGUAUUUCAAAACUGAGAGCCUCUCAGAGAAGAGGUGAAAACCUCUUUUAUUAUAAAAGACAAACCAAGUCCUGUUCAUUGCAUUCUAUCUACUUUUAGGGAAGUAUCAAUGAUUGGUACUCUCCUGCGUGUACUUAAUGAGCAAUAAUGGAAGGCCUAUGCGCAGCUCUCACCUUAUGCCUUGGUCACAACUACCCAUAUGGGUAGAUACAGGCGAAUGGACAAUCCCGUAUUAUCAAAUCGUAGAUCGCUCUGUGAAGCUGUAGAGUAAAAAAUGUUGAUACACAUUGCUGUAAGUUGUAGCCUUGUAGCCUCCUUAAACUUGUGCACGGCGGAAGGAUCUAUUAGUGCUGCUAGUCUGUCUGGUUGUCCAAUUUCCUCAAUUCUAACAGAGUUGUCUGUGUGGCAUCCUCUGCACACCCUGUGCGUGGUCAGUAAAGAGCCAGUACGGGCACCUUACUAACCCUUGUGCUAGCUUGUGGGGUACAGAUGACCCCACCCUUACAUUGACGUGUUAUCCCUACCAUGACAAAGGUGGAUGAAGGUGGAGAGGAUUUCAUGUAAUCCAUUGAAACCAGUGAAGAUCACAAAUCAUUGAAGAAAAAAGGUUCAGCGCACUGUCUAGUGGGGUCCAGAUGACCCCAGUCCCAACGUCGAAUGUCCGUGGAGGGUUUUGGCCGACGGGUCUAUACAUGAAUUUGGUUUUGAGCAGUUCAACACUUGUAGUCAGUUGAGAAUUACGCAGUUUAUGUGUAUUCAACAUAGUUUAUGUGCAAUUAUUACGAAAGUCUUAUGCAACUGUUCGUGAUUUUUGUGAGGUGCAUUGGCAAUUUUGUGGCUUUCCACAUGUGUAACAGACUUUUCACACAUUUACCACCAAAGUAUGACUUUUUCACGUUUAAAUUAUGUAAUUGAUGUACGAAUCAGUAAAGACUUUCAUAUAAACAUGGCAAUGAUCACGCGCAGUUCACGUUGUUUACGUGUUCUUUGCGUGGUUUAUUCAUACUUCUGUGGUUUUAACGUGGUUCAUACAUGUGAAGAUUUCACGUAAAGACCACAAUUUUUCUCACUUUUUCUACGUAUAUUAAUCAACGUUGACCAACUUUCAUCUGUGCAAUAUGAGCAAAAUAUACGUAUUGGCUGUGUGACACGGCCCUAACGACUAGAGGGUGGCGUAAGCGCAUCAUGCGCAAGUCAUAGGUGCGGAAAACUUAAAUUGUCCCUACAAAUACUGAAUGAGUUAACUCUCGCACAACAAUUGUACAUUUCGUUGCCGUGACAUCGUUGUCAUGAUUAUGCCAUAAACAAGCCACAAACAAGACACACCUGUGCUCCCUUUAAGAUCCAGCUGCUCCUCUCUAUGACCCUCCUUGGGCCUGAAAACCUGCAGGACCCGUGUGAGUCGACCCUCUGGACACAUUCACGUGACUAAGGCUUUAGAGAUGAGCAGCACUGCCAGUUUAGUAAGUUUAGUCAUCUUGGCCGGGGAGAGAAGGUGUUCUAGCUAGAAGGGAUAGCAACGUCUAAAACCUGGUCUUUAGGAGUUUUCUUUUGAAAAGUAGCAAUGCCAUUUAGGAUCUGGAGGUUCACAACUCGAUAGUGUGAUACGUAGUCCAAACAAUUUAAAUUGAUGCUGGUAUGCUCCCUAAAAAUCCCUAGAUUUAUACAAAGAUAAAUACAACUAGACUGUAUUAGUUAAGGUGAUGUGUUAGAUACCCUCCAACUCCCACUCCAGUAAAUAAUAAGUCCAUGUAAAUAUGCUGAAGCAUGGUAUAUACUGAAGAUGAGGACAAUGGUUUUAAGAAAUUCAUAUUGUUUUAUACUUUCAUAAAGUAAAAGUUAAACACCGGUUUUUGGCAGAGUUUAUUGCUUGGAAACAACACAUAAAAAAGCAUUCCUUAUGGAAAGUUGUCAUCAAAACUUAGUAAACUAUUUAUGCUUUAUGGUAGUGUUUUGUUUUCUCACACUGAAGUGUUUCACCAAAUUUCCUGGCUAAUGUGACCUUUACAAGUUUUUUUUUUUUUGGGUUUUUCCCAGAAUUUUUUUUUUGCUAUGAUUGUUUAUCUGCUUCUAUUUCGGUUUCUAUUUACAUCUUUCAAAAUAAUGAUUCACAGUGAUGCGAUUCGGCAAACAAUCCUUCCUUUUGAAUAUAAUAUCUUGGCACUUUCUUUUACAAAUGUGUUAAAGAUUGAAAGCAUUCAUAUGCUCUUAGACUUCAAUUUCUCACAUUUAUACCAUAGUUCCACUUUUAGAAUCCGGUCUUCGGCCACUUUAGUUUCUCUGUCUGCAGCUUUAUCCGAUAUCUUACAAUUAGGCAGCCUACUGUCCAGUGUUACCUCAGGAAUAAGUCAGUUCAGUGAAAAUAUGACCUGGUUCAAUAAAGUUCAGAUUUAUCGGUUUUUAAAGACGUCACACACUACCACCUGAUGACGACCCUGAUGAAGGCGGAAGGUAUUCCACUGAAACAUGUCUGUACGUUUAACAAAGACAAACCAGUGUCUAAUAGAAAAAUAAUUUAAGUACUCAGUAAAUAUGACCUGGACUCUGACGGAAUGGACAUUUCUGGAUUUGAUUGAACGGGCAUGCUUACUGGUGGUGUACAGAUAAUCGCAUUUCCUCAGGUGAGCAGAGCGUGGUUCCUCUUAUGUGCUGGGGCAAAAAAAAAAAAAAGGUUAAAUGACAGGGGAGGGUUAAAGCCUGGGCAAGUGGAGAAACUGGGGUUGGGAAAUGUUCUCAUUUGUAUGUUUGAUUCUGGCGUUAUUCAUCGAUGUAAGGAAAUUUCUUGUUGGCGCCGUAUCCCAAGUUGACUGGUUUUGAUUCUCCUUCCUUUGUGGCCGCCUCCUCUUCCUUUUUGGCUUCUUUCUUUAGAUGACCUUGAGGAGCCUCUGCAUCACUCUCCGCUUUGCCACUUGUCAGAGACACUGAAAUGUUAAUGCAGUAUUAGUAUUACGAUUUCAAUAAAUGCCUUGGAAACAUA